CCCGCCCCGGGCCCGUGGGGGCCAUGGUGUUGUCCGAGCUGGCCGCGCGCCUCAACUGUGCCGAGUACAAGAACUGGGUGAAGGCUGGCCACUGCCUGCUGCUGCUGCGCAGCUGCCUGCAGGGUUUCGUCGGCCAGGAAGUGCUCGCCUUCCAUCGCGGCCUCCUCGCCGCAGCCCCUAGCCUGGGCCCCCGCGCCACUUGCCGCGGCGGCUCCCGGUGCACCCCGCGCGCCCGCCAGUUUCAGCCUCAGUGUCAGGUGUGCUCAGAGUGGAAACGGGAGAUUUUGAGACAUCACGUCAACCGGAAUGGAGACGUGCAUUGGGGAAACUGCCGGCCAGGCCGCUGGCCCGUCGACGCCUGGGAGGUGGCCAAGGCCUUCAUGCCCCGAGGACUGGCAGACAAGAGAGCACCUGAGGAAUGUGAUGCCGUCGCUCUUUUAAGCCUCAUCAACUCCUGCGAUCACUUCGUGGUUGACCGAAAGAAAGUCACGGAGGUGAUUAAGUGUCGUAACGAAAUCAUGCACUCUUCAGAGAUGAAAGUGUCUUCCACGUGGCUUCGAGAUUUUCAGGUGAAGAUCCAAAAUUUUCUGAGUGAAUUCAAGAACAUCCCGGAGAUUGUGGCGGCGCACUCCAGACUAGAACAGCUGUUGACAUCCGACUGGGCUGUCUACGUUCCCGAGGAAGAUCAACGAGAUGGGUGUGAAUGCGACGCGCAAACUUACCUGAGUGCCAACCAAGUAAAUGAAAUUGAGAUGGAACUGCUAAAGGAAAAACUUCAAGAGCUGUACCUUCAAGCAGAAGAACAAGAUGUGUCGCCCGAAGAGAUCUCACAUCGACUGGAAGGGAUGAAGGAAUUUCUGAGAAACAACGAGGAUCUUAGAAAUGGCCUUACAGAAGACAUGCGGAAGCUAGACAGCCUCUGUCUGCAGCACCCACAGCCAGCCCCGGAGGAGCCUGGGAGAGAGACGCCUGCGAGGACGGCCGAAGGUUGCCCUUCGACAAAAGUCAGGCGCGUUCUGUGAAAGUCAGCGUGGCUUCCGUCUCAGAGUCCGGUACCCAGACAAAAAGGGACUUUUGUUGCUGGUUCUUUUUUUUUUUUUUUUUUUUAAUGGACUUUUUUUUUACUCUUUGGGAGUAUUUUUUAUUUUUAAUAUGUAUAUUCAGAAACUUGGGGUUGUGUAAUCAAAAAUACUAGAUACUCUUGUGCCAAAAGUUGUUACCGUUCAGGGAUCUGUGGCUACUUAGAAGGUGACAUUCUUUUCUGGUCCAGCUGCUUAACCUAGUAAAGGCUGUAUUUGGCCAGGCCUGUCCAGGGGCUCCCACAGAGCCCCGUGUCCUGCCCCCACUGCUACCUGAAGUCUCCCCCCGGGGCUGUGCUGUCCGCGCUGAGCUCAACAUCCGCGCUUUUUGGAUGAAGGUGAGAAGGACAGUGGGCUGAAAGGUCAUUUGCUAGCCCCGUCCCUUUAGUACAGAACUGCUACUACCAGGUUGGAGUAGCCGAGGGCAGCCUGGGCCGCUCCAUGAGGGCGGGAGAGUGGUGACUUGCCUUGGCCAGCAAGGGGGAGGGCUGUCGGGGCAAAGCUCCUCAGCUGGCAGCUCGUGGGUGACACACUUCUGCCGAGUGAGCUGCUCAUCCCGUGCCUUCACACAUCCCCAGGGCAGAGCACAGGGCCUGGCCCUGGCCCGCGCCGCCCAUGGACAUGUGUUUGAUGGUGGGGAGGUCACCUGCCAGCUCAGGAGUACCCCUAGGCCUGGGUAUUAGUUAUACUCCGAAGCCUGCUCCCUCCCUAGGAAAUGUAAGAAUCCAAUUUCAAGGCCGGCACCGUGGCUCACUAGGCUAAUCCUCCGCCUUGCGGCGCCGGCACACCGGGUUCUAGUCCCGGUCAGGGCACCGAUCCUGUCCCGGUUGCCCCUCUUCCAGGCCAGCUCUCUGCUGUGGCCAGGGAGUGCAGUGGAGGAUGGCCCAAGUCCUUGGGCCCUGCACCCCAUGGGAGACCAGGAGAAGCACCUGGCUCUUGCCAUCGGAUCAGCGCGGUGCGCCGGCCACAGCGCACCUACCACGGCGGCCAUUGGAGGGUGAACCAAUGGCAAAAGGAAGACCUUUCUCUCUGUCUCUCUCUCACUGUCCACUCUGCCUGUCAAAAAAAAAAAAAAAAGAAUCCAAUUUCAGAAUUCUCAUGGAAUUUCAGAGACAUCGUUUUCUGUCAACAAACGUAUUCAUACUUCUUCUGUUCCUUUUACCCAAAAAAGCCAUCCGCUCCUGCCUGGGGCCUGUGUGUUUCCUGAACCAUGCGGCCACUGUGGUGGCCUCCGAGGCGGGCCUCCCUUUGGCCUCCCCCUGCAUCUGCUUCUUUCCGAAGCCAAAGGAACAUCCCUGCGCCCUUCAGGGCCACAAGCGCCAUGUUUCCCGCUGCCUCCCACACCGAGUGCAGAUGGGUGUACUCCUUCGCCCACUCGGCUGCCCACUAAGGAUAUAAUCUGUAGCAGGCAGGGGGAUGUGCCACACCAGGUUUUACAUUACAGUGCAUUUUGGGGGGCAGAUGUUUGGUGCGGAGGUUGAUGUGCCACUUGGGACACCUGCACCCCAUACCUGUGUUCAAGUCCUGGCCCUGCUCUGUGUCCCAGCUCCCUGCUAAUGUGCACCCUGGGAGGCAGCAGGUGAUGGCUCAAGUGUUUGGGCCCCUGCCACCCACGUGACAGACCUGGAUGGAGCUCCUGGCUUUGGCCUGGCCCAGCCCUGGCUCUUGCAGGCGUCUGGAGAGUGAACUAGUGGGUAGAAGACCUCUCUCUGUCUCUUUCUGCCUUUCAGAAAAAUGAGAUAUAUUUAAUAUAACCAUAAAACCCAGAUGAAUGCAACUGUGAUUGUAACUUCCGGCUUGAAUCUUCCCAGUAUCACUUGGCCUUUAGUCGUGUGUUUGCAUGUCAUGAGAUCCUUGAGAAGACUUGAGUAGGAAACAAGAAGAAUUUUCAUUCAUCAUGUAGCUCUCUCAAACUAUGAAAUGUAAUGAAAUAUUUCCUAGCUUCUAGAUAUGAGAUACAAAACUUUGAGUCUGCUGGAAUCUUGAUGAACUAAUUUAAGACAUGCUUUCUAACUUUGGGAACUUUGGGUUAUGAACUCUGCCAUUUUAUACCUGUAUCUAGUUAGUUUUUCCUUAUCUACACAGCAAGCCUUUGUCACAUGUCAGCCACGUGCCAGACACUCGAGUUGCUGCCAAUACAAGGAUUUGUAAGGUGUGGAGAUGUGUGUGAAGAUCAUCU